AUGAUUUCUCUGGCUUUGUUUUACCUCCUAGCUGUGGUUUGUUCUGCCAGACGGACACAUGCUCUACCACUGUACCCUGACACCAACCUGGAGCCACAGGCAGAUUUCAUUCAGAAAUUAGUAUCAGAGGUCGAGGAUGGGCCAAACACUGCUGAUGGGGAGCAGAGAGAAGUCAAUGACAUGUAUCCUCUGCUUAUGCAGCACAAUGAAGGCAGAGACUCCUGGAAUAAAGGGACUAAAGAUUUAGCACAACAAGACAGGUUUGCCAACAUGGUAGACGGCCUGAAAGAAGUGGUCUUGAAGAUGGCAGCGGCCGACAAGCUUCGCUCUCAGGGUUUUCUUAGAUCGGAGCAGAAUUUGCCAAAAACAAACAAAAGAGCGUGUUUCUGGAAAUACUGCGUCACCAGCUAGAGCUCAGCAGCCGCAGGACGAUUUUGCCAAAGCCAGGACGCAAACGCCGUCACUCUCUGUCAACAGUUCUUUUUUCCUCCAAACGUUAUAUCCAUCACAUGAACUUGAUCGUGAGAAAAUAUAUUUUUGAAGAAGUAACGCUGUGUUUUUUUGUGGCUGAAAU